GUUCAAGCGGAAGUGGGGGAACCGGCCAUCUCCGUUCCGGGUGGCGGUGGCCGCGGACUGUCCGGUUGCCGGUUUCCCGGCAUCGAGCGCUCGGUGCGCGACCCCGACGCCGCCAUGGGCUCCUCGAAGAAGCACCGCGAGCGCGGGGACGAGCCCGCCGCGCGCCACAAGAAGCACAAGCACAAGGACCGCAAGGAGCGCGCGGGCAGCCGCGAGCGCGAGAGCCGCCGGCACCGGGAGCGCGACAGGCGCGGCCCCGACGCCGAGCGCAGGCCCAAGCGGGAGAAGGCGGAGGAGCCUGCACCCGGUCCAAAAUCAGCCAGUGGCAACGCCUCGCUGUCCAUCGAAGAAACAAAUAAGUUGAGAGCCAAGCUCGGACUGAAACCUCUGGAAGUGCAGGAAUCCAAAAAGUCCGAGACCGGGACCAAGGAGGACCCCGUAGUGGUCCCGGCUGUCAACCCCAUCAUCUCGAAGGAGCAGGAGGACAUUCGGGUAAAGCUCGCAGCCCUGAAGGAGAAACGGCUCCUGAACCAGAAACUGGGGAAAGUGAAGACGCUGGGCGAUGACGAUGCUUGGCUCGACGACGCGGUGGCCUGGGUGGAGAAGAGCAGGAAGCUGCAGAAGGAGAAGGAGAUGGCUGAGAAGCGGGCAAAGCUUCUUGAGGAAAUGGACGAGGAGUUCGGUGUCAGCAAUCUAGUCGAGGAGGAACUUCGAACCACGAAACAGGUUGCCUACACGUCCCGGGAUCUGAAGGGACUGACUGUCCAGCACGAUAUUAAAGCUUUCAAGGAGGGCGAGGCAGUCGUGCUGACCUUGAAGGACAGAGGUGUUCUGGACGAGGAGGAUGAUGUCCUGGUUAACGUAAACAUGGUGGACAAGGAGAGGGCUGAGAAGAACGCGGAGAUGAAGAAGAAGCCCAGCUACAAGCCCUACGAGGACGAAAGCAUUGAUGACAUGGUGGUGUUCAAGGGCAAGUCGAUCCUCUCCCAGUACGACGAGGAGAUCGAGGGGGAGAAGAAGAAGUCGUUCAAGUUGGAGACGGGCGGCUCAGCGGACGGGUCCUGGGAGCAGGAGCUGCAGCAGAUCCGGCAGACGCUACGGGAGCAGGCCCAAACCCUGGAGAUGCCGCAGAUGAAGCUGGCGUCGGAGUUCUACACGGAGGAAGAGAUGGUCACAUUUAAAAAGACGAAGAGGAGAGUGAAGAAGAUUCGCAAGAAGACGACCGGCAUGAAAGCUGACGACCUCCUGGCCCACGGUCAUGACAGUGCUGCCACUGACUAUGGUUCAAGAUCCCGCGGUCGAGGCUGGAAGUUCGAUUCGAAGGCGAACGAGGAGGAGACCGCAGCAGAGGCCGAGGCGCCGGAGCCCCAGUCCGCGUCAGACGACAUGCGCGUGGAGAACAUGGAGAUCAGUGACGAGGAAGCCCGGGCUCCCAACUCGCCGGUGGCCCUCGAGGAGGAUGAGGCGGAGGCCGAGCUGCAGAAACAGUUGGAGAAGCAGCGGCGACUGCGGCAGAUACACAGGCAGGCAGCGGACAAGGCGGUGGACAUUGUGAAGAAAGUGAGCGGGGAGCGGGAGGACGAAGACGAGGACGACUUGGAGAAGAAGGGCGUGAUCGUCUUCAACGCCACGUCCGAGUUCUGCCGGACACUCGGGGAGAUCCCCACCUACGGGCUGGCUGGCAACCGGGAGGAGCAGGAGGAGUUGCUGGAUUUUGAGGUGGACAACAAGGAGUCGUCAGAGGGAGAGAUGGAGCUGGACCGAGACGAGACGGUGGGCUGGAGCAUGGUGAACCUGGACGAGGAGAAGAGGCAGCCCGAGUUCUUAGCCACAUCCACCACCAUCCUGGAUGAGGAGCCCAUCGUGAACUGUGGGCUGGCGGCGGCUUUGCACCUCUGCAGAAACAAAGGGCUGCUGGACACCACGAUGCAGAAGGUGGCUCGUGUCCGGUCCUCAGCCAAGACCCUUCCUUCAACUGUUUAUGCCAUUGAAGAUAAAAUGUUAAUAGACGACAAGUACAGCAGGCGGGAGGAGUAUCGCGGCUUCACGCAGGAGUUCAAGGAGAAGGAAGGGUACCGGCCCGACGUGAAGAUCGACUACGUCGACGAGUCGGGGAGGAGACUGACUCCUAAAGAGGCGUUCCGGCAGCUCUCCCACCGCUUCCACGGGAAGGGCUCGGGGAAAAUGAAGACGGAAAAGCGGAUGAAGAAGCUGGAGGAGGAACACCUGCUGAGGAAGAUGAGCUCCAGUGACACGCCCCUCGGCACGGUGGCCCUCCUGCAGGAGAAGCAGAAAGCGCAGAAGACGCCGUACAUCGUCCUCAGCGGGAGCGGCAAGAGCAUGAACGUAAACACAAUCACCAAGUGAAUCUCGGGCGAGUGUCGGAACUGGGGCUGGCGAGGAUUUGGAUUUGUCUUUGUGUGACUUGGUCUCUCUGUCUCUAUCCUUUUACUGUGUAUAUUAAUAAAAGCAGCUUUCUUUUUCCUAAA